GGCGACGACGGCGACGACGGCGACGAUGCCGUGCGGAACGAACGCGAAUGAUUUAACUCGAGAUAAAUUCUCGAGCGUGCGAAAGAACCAAGAGACGGCGACCAGGUUCGGUGUGUUUUUGUCCACGAUCGUCGUGCCGAUUCUGCUCUUGUUGUACUCGGCGCUUUGGUUCACGCAAUUUUACGUCGGACUCGGCCCGGAUUCGCCGCCGCUGAAUAAGGUGAUCACCACGGAGCAGUUGCAGUACGGCCAAAAGAUCUUCCCGCUGGCGCUGACGUGUAAUCACCGGGAUGGAUGUUACUUUCGGUUGACGGGGGCGGACGCGUGCGCGUCGGGCACGGUGGCGGGCGGCGCCGGGCCGAACAAUGGAUUCUGCUCUGAUCCGACCUUACUACCCGUCGCCAGUGGUGGAGCAUCUACGCCUGCGUCGUGCGGCGUGGGUAGCCAGUGUAACACCGCCGCAGCGGCGAACGCGUGCGGCACGGCCAACGGGCCGUGCUGUCGAAAGGCCACCUGCGACACCGAACUCUCCUCCGCGCAAGGCGUGUGCGCGUUCUCGCCGCCGGGCGCCGAUCCCACCGACGCGCUCACCGUAGCGUGGGCGUAUAAGUCUGGAUGCUCUGGUGCGUGUAAUUUCGGCGUCACACUCGUCACCGAUUACAUCGAUUCCAACGGCGAUGUUGCGCAAAAGGAAGUCAAGGUGCAUCGAGGCAUCGCGUUGAUGAAUCUCAUCGAGCACGACGAUCCGAAAAUGUCCUGGUCCAAGAGUCAUCCCAAUUAUGCCGCCAAUAAGAAAAAAACCACCAUGUACGAGUGGUCGAUCACAAUGGUGGACGUCGAAGGUACCGUCGACGCCGUCUCAAACCUCUGCAUGAACCAGAUGCGCGCCGACAAUCUCGUGACGUCGGGGGGAACAGUCUACGCUCGACGCGUAAAGCUCGUUCCGGCUGCAACGUACACGAAAAUGUCAACGGCGUAUCCGAGUCCGGGAUUGGCGUACUUAUCAGCCAUCGGGGGUAUCUCCAGCACCAUCAUGGCCGUCCUCGCGUACGUCCACGCGUUCCAUCUCAAGUUUUUAAAUCGCGCGGCGUCGUCCGCGCCUCAAGCAGCGCCUUAAAGCAGUCACGCGUUGACGUCGUGCAUCAUCGCGUUGUUUAUAAUAUAUCUGGACGAUG